AUGGCGAGCAACCACGCGCACUCGGGCGGCGCGGGCCACGACGAGUCGACCCCGCUCCUCCCAACCAUCUCCAACCACGUCGCGCAGCAUCACGACGAACACCAUGGCGGCCACGAGAACGAGGGCGAGAGCGGCAGAAGCGGCUUCCACCCGACGCAUUUCCUGGCCGUCCUCUGGCGCAGCUCGUGCACCGCGUCCAUGCUGGUCAACGUGCUGUGGCCCUUUGUGCCGCUCGCCAUUGUGCUGCAUUUCCUCCCUGGCUUGCAUCUCUGGAAGUUCGCCACUGCGUACAUCGCCGUCAUUCCGUCGGCGAACCUGCUGGGCUUCGCCGGUCAGGAGUUUGCGCGCAAGAUGCCCAAGGUCGCGGGGAUUCUGAUUGAGACGACGUUUGGCUCCAUCAUUGAGAUCAUCCUGUUUGUCGUCUUGAUUGCCAAGCAUGACGCCAGCGGCUCUGAGGACAAUGGCGAUGAAGGCAACCUGAUUCCCAUCAUCCAAGCCGCCAUCCUCGGCAGCAUCUUGACCAAUCUGCUGCUGUGUCUUGGCCUCUGCUUCUUCGUCGGCGGACUGCGCCGCGUCAGCCAAAAGUUCCAUCCCGUGGUAUCCGAGGUUGGCACUGGGCUCUUGCUGGUUGCCGCCUUCGGCCUGCUCAUCCCCAGCGCCUUCUACUCGGCCCUCAAGGCCGAGGUUGUCAAGAGCUCGCAUGGACUCUGGACGCUCCAUGAAAAGUUGACCGAGGAAAAGCUGCAGGAGGACGUCGUGCGCAUCAGCCAGGCCACCUCCAUCGCCUUGAUGGUUGCCUUUGUUCUGUUCAUCUGGUACCAGGCCAGCAGCCACCACAGUAUCUUUGACGCAGUCAUUGAGAUGGACGAGCACCACGAUGCCGACCGAGAGACGGAUAUGGAGAAGCCCAAGUUCACCAUGACCGAGGUCGUCGUUGCGCUCCUCAUCUCGCUAUCCUUUGUGACCCUGCUCCUGGUCUUCCUUGUCGAGAAGAUCGAGCACGUUGUAGAGAGCGGUAUCCCGGACCAGUUUCUGGGAUUGAUUCUGCUCCCGCUUGUUGAGAAGGCAGCUGAACACUUGACCGCCAUUGACGAGGCCUGGGAUGGUGUCAUCAAUGUCGCCCUGUACCACUGCCUUGGCCCAUCCAUUCAGACCGCCCUAUUUAACGGCCCAUUGGUUGUCCUCAUCGGUUGGGCAAUGGGAAAGCCCAUGGAUCUCAACUUCGAAAUCUUCAUGGUUGCCCUACUCGUCCUCUCCAUUCUCGUCGUGGGCAACUUCCUUCGCGACGGAGAAUCGAACUGGCUUGAGGGAGCUUUGCUUGUUGUCGUAUACGUCAUCAUUGCCAUUGCGUGCUGGUACUACCCAAACCCAGACGUGGCUACCUCGAAUGGCUUCGAGGGCUCGGAGCUCAUCAAUGUCACGAUGAGUGCCGAUACACUUCGUCAACUGCGGCAGCUUUUGAGCGUGAAGUUGGAGCUGUAA